GCUUUCAUUAAUCAUUAAUUAGUUAAUCCUGUUACAAAAAUAUGCCUGACGUCUCUAACUACGACUCUCGAUCUUGGGCAGUCGUUGCCCUCAUAGUCCUUGUAUUUAUUCUAAUAGCGGUUGUAAAAUGUUGCAUAGACAGCAACAAAGAAAAGUAUAAGUUUCCCAAACGCCCGACUCCGCAAGUUACUAUUGAGGAUAUUUUAACAGUCCCAUCACCACACGAAAUAUUGCUUUCAAGUGCAGGUUCGUCUGUGGUGGUGCCCCCUUACCCAGUGGAAGCGAGACACCCAACACCAGAAAAUAAAAGUGUGCCCGCCCCCGGGCCUGGUUUUGCCACAUACAACCCGCCGUACCCGACACACAAUCCACAUCCAGUACCCGUAGAUGUUGACUACUGCGCUCCUCUACCAAUUGGUAUUUCGCCUGCUCCCUACCCACCUCCAGGUCCCACACCCUACCCACCGGCGGGUCCCCCAAAUUCGGCACCAUAUCCAUCAUAUCCAGGCCAUGAUUCUCAACCGCCGUCAUAUUCUGAAGCUGUUGGGCAGCCAUCAGCCCAACCGCUAAUCCCCAAGGAGGGGUACACAAAACAGGCGCCGUACAAUCCGAAUUAUUAAUUUUAAGGAGUUUGGAAUCCUGGUAAUGGAUUUGAAAUGAAAUACUCGAAAGAUUGAGGGUCUGCUAAGUUUGUUUUUUAAUGUGAUCCAGUGCUUACUUACGUUAAGUUUUUUUUACUUUGUAAUACAAAAUGUUUUGUUAAUUAUCGAUAUUUACCACUGUUUGGUAAUUCAAAGUGUGCGUACAAUAAAUAUACAUUAAUCAAA